GAAGAACCCUCCCUCUUCGACACGUACCGGCAGUAAAACCGUGUCGCUCUUGAGUUGUGGUCAUCUUCGACUCUGGCUAGGUGUGUCCGCAAAUUUAGUUCUUCUUUUUUUUCUUCGGUUGACUGCCGCCUUCUUCCGUCUUCCCUGUUACAUUGGAAGUUGCCGUGCAUAUACACGCACGAUUCUCUUUGUUGCUUCUCACACAAUCACCCUUAUUAAACACAAAAACAGCUUUCCCAAUGCUCACCGCUAAUCAAAACAAUGUGGUUGAGCCGCCGGCCUCACCUGACCCGCAGCGCACUUCUGGCAGAGUGGGAGUACGGGACAGGGCGACGGAGGUGGCCGCACCCACCUCGCCACCGCCGGUCUCAAACACCGACACCACGAUCAAAAAGUUCUCGUGCCUGCAAAACUUCCACUUUGGUCCGCUCAUGUCCGCGGCGAUUGUCGAGUUCAUUGGUACGUUUCUGCUGGUGCUGACGGUGCCGCUCACUUCCAUUCAGAACGCCGAGAUGGCGCCGAUUGCGGUGGGCUUCUUGCUCAUGUCCCUCGUCUUCUCCUUUGGCUACCUCAGCGGCGGUCAUUUGAAUCCGAUGGUCACUAUCUCCGUCUGGCUCGCCACAUCCACUGGGGCCGGCUACGCUGCCUUCAAUAAGCGUCGCCUCGUCAUGUACGUCAUUGCGCAGAUGGCGGGCGGUGUGCUGGCCACCUUCUUCUGCAUGAUGAUCAAUGGCCGUGAAUUCCCUGUGCCCAGCAUGGGACUUAGCUUCAACAGGAUGGUGCGCGGCUUCCUCGCCGAGAGCGUCUUCACCUUCGUCUUGUGCUCCGUCGUCCUGCACGUGGCCAUUAGUCGGCAGCGCAACAACAACUUCUACGGCUUUGCCAUCGGCUUCGCCGUGCUGUGCGGUGGGCUGACGUGUGCGCCGAUCAGCGGUGGUGUGUUCAACCCGGCCGUGGCCACGCCGUUGAUUGUGAUCCGCUGCUUCUUCUCUUUUAGUGCGUCCGGGUGCACCCCAAUGGCGUCCCUGUGGGUGUACUGGGCUAGUGAGGUGGUAGGGGCCGUGUGUGCUUCGAUCAUGUACUUGGCCCUGCAGCAUCUGGGAGCCGAAGUUUGA